GUCGUUACCCAAAUCUCAGAACACCAAACUCCAUUUCCAUCUCGAACGAGGGAGAGAGAGAGAGAGAGAAGAUAUCAAUCUGAUCCUUCCCUUUCCUUCUUCGAUCUCGUUUUGGUGGAUCGUCAAUGAACGAGAAGGCCAACGUCUCCAAGGAGCUCAAUGCCAAGCACAGAAAGCUCCUGGAAGGUCUAUUGAAAUUGCCAGAGAAUAAGGAAUGUGCCGACUGUAAAGCUAAAGGUCCAAGAUGGGCUAGUGUGAAUUUAGGAAUCUUUAUCUGCAUGCAGUGUUCUGGAAUCCAUCGAAGUCUGGGGGUACACAUAUCAAAGGUGCGAUCUGCAACCUUGGACACAUGGCUGCCAGAGCAGGUUGCAUUUAUACAAACCAUGGGUAACGAGAAGGCGAAUAUCUACUGGGAAGCAGAGCUACCUCCAAACUAUGACAGAGUGGGAAUUGAAAAUUUCAUCCGUGCAAAAUAUGAAGAAAAGAGAUGGGUUCCGAGGGAGGGAAAGCAAAACUCACCUUCCCGACUGCAGGAAGAGAAGCCUUCAUCCCACAUCGAUGGAGCUGGGGAAAUAAGUGGACAUUCACAUGUGGGCAGUUCAGAAAAUUUGUUUGAGCAAAAGGAGAAUCCUCAAGCUUCCAAAGACAAGGACAGUCUUCCCAUUAUGAAGAUUAGUAUUCCUCUUCCUCCUAAAGGAUCUGAGAAGGUGAUUCCUGUUUCAAAGCUUCACCCCAUUGCUUCAACGACAGAACCAGCUUUCGAAUCGAAAGUGCAGGAUGUUGGUGCCGCUCCAUCUGUUUCUCCCCCUAAGGCUGAUUAUUCCACCGACCUUUUUGACAUGCUAUCCAUGGAUGGUCCCAGUGAGAAUGGUUCAGAGGCUGCUGUUGUUGACGAUUGGGCCGGUUUCCAGUCUGCUGAAGUAGCCUCAACAGCUGAAAAAGAAAAAUCUAGUACAACGAAGGCUGUUGACAAUAGCACUAACCCAACAUCAGGUGUGGAGGAUCUAUAUAAAGACUCAGCUCCAGAGGGUUCAGUACCACAAAAGCCUCAGAAAGAUGUAAAAAAUGAUAUCAUGAGCCUUUUUGAAAAGUCUAACAUGGUAUCGCCAUUUGCAAUGCAUCAACAGCAAGUGGCAAUGCUAGCACAGCAGCAAACCCUUCUCAUGGCUGCUGCAGCUAAAUCUCUUCGUGGAGAUCAGAAAUCGAGUGGCAGUGCGCAACAUCCUGAUCUGCAAGGUACUAACAUAUCUGUCUCAAAUUGGGCCCACAGUGGCUACCAAAUUCCAGGCAUGAUGCCACUUGGCCAAGAUGAUCUGCUGAAGCUUAUGCAGGGAAGCAACACUGGACUGUCGCAUCCAGUGGGAAACUCUGUGCCAUAUCCAACAGCUAGCUUGCAGAUGAUGGAGCAAACUACCUCAUCUAAUGGUUUGGCAAGUGCUGGAGUCAGUAAACCUCAGUCAUCGUCUCCCAUUUCAUCGGCUUCUCCAUCAGAAUCUGGGAAGGAUUAUGAUUUCUCCUCAUUAACACAAGGGAUGUUCUCUAAACAUUGAGGAGAUCAAACAUUGUCAUUCCCACUAAAUUUAUGAGAAAAGAACCGAAGAGUCUACAGAAGCUUUUUCCUUCACUUGGGAUUGUACACUAUUUUGUAGAGGCAGGUCGGGUUUUCCAUUCACAUCAGCUGGUAGAGUUAAUAGUAUGAGUAGGCCUUGAGGGCAAUAAAAGUGAAUUUAGCGGCGAUUUGGAACUUCCUUUUACCUGCUAUAUUGAAUUUUGUGCAUAUUUGAUUCAACUCUUAUACAGAGAAAGGGAGCAACUUCGAGGUUCAUGAUUCAAAUAA